GCCCCGACCCGCGACCCGUGAUCAAUUACCCGACCUGGACCCGACCUGUCACGGGGCGAGUCUGGAUACCAAGAAACCCGCCCCGGACCUGCCCUAUUGCCAUUCCUACUUAAAAUCCUUCCCCAAUUUCCCCUCUCGGCUCCUGCAAUGUGCAGCAACGACAACAACAGUUUGAGAAUAAAAGAAAAAUGUAAGAAAGAGAAGAAGGGCGCCGCCAUUCCUUUCCCGACGCAAGCCCCAGCCGCCCUCCCUGCUUCCCUCAACCAGCCUCGAUCGUGAAAUUAUCCGAGAAAGGUAAGGACGAUAUUUUCAAGUCGUUUCCAAGAUUGUUUGAUAAAUCAAAUUAACCUGAGCUGUAAGCCCAAUUCUCGUAUGGAUCACUAGGAAACAAUUGUGGCCCAAGUGUAAUUAUCACUUGAUGAUUUAAUAUAUAAGGUAAGUCAUAUAUUGGUUAGGUUAAUGAAAAAGGUAAUUUUCUAAUAUACCAUGAUGGUGGGUCUAUAUAAAGAAACCCUAGGAUUGGUCCUCUCUCAACCCAUUACGUAGAAUUUCUUAGCCGUCAUAGAAAUCUCUAAACCGAAAACCUAAAGGGGUCAAGAGGGAGAAACUCAAUUCCGGUGAUUAUUACUCAAGCCGCCGCUCUCGUCAUGGAUCGAGGUAGGUUUCCUUGAUCUAUUACCGAUUCGUGAAAUCAUCUAAUUCUAAGAUCCAUGCUAUUAUGAUUUCGAUGUUUACAUGUGGUAUCAGAGCCUUAGGGUUUAUAUGAAUGGAUGAUUUUCGAUUAUGUAUUAUGCUCGAUUAGUCUCCGCUGCGUUUAUAUCAAUCGCUUAUGCAUGAUUAAAGCUUGUUGAUGCUUCUGAUUGAUCAUCUGUUUAUUCUAUUGAGUCCACGCGUUCGAGAUUUGUACACAACUGUAUUUAACUUCUUUGCAGUUGGUCUUCUGUCUGUCGAGCAAUUAUUCGCCGUUUAUCAAGAACAUAUAUAUGUGUAGUGCAUAUAUGUUUAUGCUUACAUGAUAUAUUGAUAUGUUUGUUUCCUCAAUUAUAAUGAAUUGUGAUGACAGUAUCUUGCCUUUAUUUCCUUUUCAACUAAAAAUCAUGAUAAAAGCAAUUAGGGAUGAUUACAAUUUCUUUUGUAUAUGCGUUCGAUUAAUUAAGAGUUUGGGAAGGUUGAUAAAGCCUUAUGUUUGUCUCAAUGAUGAUUAAUAUUGUUUUUCCAUUAGUAACAGUAUGUAAUUGGAGACUCAAGUUUUGGGUCUGCGUAUUUCAAAGCAUUCUUAACAAUUGUCUUACCUUAAGUUAAAAUUUUACAUUUGAUAUCUAAUUUAUGAUUAAUUUGUUAGUCACCAAAGUGGUCAAAUUAGAAGGUUUAUAGAUAUCAAGUUGAAUCAAGUUCAACUGCUAAUGUUUAUGUGAUGCUUUUAAGUUGAAGUUCGUGAUUAUAAAAUAUUUUGAAUCGCCCAAAGGUUGAUUGCUCGUUUUAUAAUUCAUGAACAUUAUUGUGGUAAAUUGAUAUGCUUGGUUAGAUAUAUUUAGUAUAUCCAAAGAUUGCAAGUAUAUUAAUUUGAGUAUGUCUAUCACCAAUUAUAUGAUUAUUUUGAGCAUCAAUUAUGAUUAUUUAUCGCAUAUAUAUUGUUGUUUUGCCCAAAGGUAGCACCAAUAUAUAUUUUAUGUUUAUGCUUCCAAAUCUGUAUUAUAGUUUAUGCUUAUUACCCAAAGCAUUAAUAUGUGAGUACAUGUUAUAUAUGUUUGCAGCAUCUGUUCCUGUUUCUCUUCAUUCGCAAGUCACGUCUGUUGUUAAGUUUAAUGGCCUCAACUUCUAUGAAUGGGCUGAACAGGUUCAGUUUCACCUCUGUGUUCUGGAUCUUGAUUUGGCACUCUUAAGUGAGAAACCUGCUGCUCUUACUGAUGCUAGCAGUGCUGAGGAGAAGUCUUUCCAUAAAGCUUGGGAAAGAUCUAACAGACUAAGCCUAAUGUUUAUGCGAAUGACUGUAGCAAACAACAUUAAGUCAACUUUCAAUGAUACUGAAAGUGCUAAGGAAUUUAUGAAUUCCGUGAAAGAAAGCUCUCAAUCUGAGUCUACUGAUAAGUCGCUUGCUGGGACACUAAUGGGUACGCGAACCACCAUGAAGUUUGAUGGUUCUCGUACCAUGCAUGAGCAUAUCGUCGAAAUGACGAAUAUUGCAGCAAGACUAAAGACCAUGGGAAUGGAAGUGAAUGAAAAUUUCCUAGUAACGUUCAUCCUUAAUUCCUUACCUCCAGAGUAUGGCACAUUCCAUGUGCAUUACAAUACUCUAAAGGAUAAAUGGAAUGUGCAUGAGUUACAAAGUAUGCUCAUUCAAGAGGAAGCAAGGCUUAAGAAACCAAGAAAUCAUUCUGCCAAUCUUGUUGGUCAUAAAGGAGAUGGAAAGAAACCAUGGAACAAGAAUGGGAAGGGCAAGGAAGAACUAUCAAAGCUUAAUGAGUCAUCUGCCAAAAUCCACAAGAAGGAACCAAGUAAGGAUAUAUGCCGCUUUUGUAAGAAAGCAGGACAUUAUCAGAAAGAUUGAUUGAAAAGAAAGUCAUGGUUCGAAAGAAAGGGUAAGCCUAGUGCUUCAGUAUGUUUCGAACCAAAUUUAACUGAGGUUCCUUAUAAUACUUGGUGGGUUGACACUGGUUGUACCAUUCAUGUUUCCAAAACGAUGCAAGGAUUCCUUUAUGCUUGGUUAGUCAUAAAGGAGCUGGAAAGAAACCAUGGAACAAGAAUGGGAAGGGCAAUGAAGGACUAUCAAAGCUUAAUGAGUCAUCUGCCAAAAUCUACAAGAAGGAACCAAGUAAGGAUAUAUGCCGCUUUUGUAAGAAAGCCGGACAUUAUCAGAAAGAUUGCUUGAAAAGAAAGGCAUGGUUCGAAAGAAAGGGUAAGCCUAGUGCUGUAGUAUGUUUCGAAUCAAAUUUAAUUGAGGUUCCUUAUAAUACUUGGCGGGUUGACACUGGUUGUACCAUUCAUGUUUCCAAAACGAUGCAGGGAUUCCUUACGACCCAAACCAUAAGGCAAAAUGAGAAGUUCAUCUAUAUGGGAAACCGAGCCAAAGUUCCAGCUGAAGCUAUUGGGACUUAUCGUUUGGUUUUAGAUACUGGUCAUCAUUUGGACCUUGUCAAUACCCUUUAUGAUCCUUCUAUUUCUCGUAAUUUGGUUUCGGUGUCUCAACUAGAUAAGGCUGGGUAUUUUUGGAACAUUGGAAAUGGUUCUAUUAGUUUGUUCAAACAUAAUGUUUUAUUGGGUUCUGGUACCCUUGUUGAUGGUUUGUACAAACUAAAGCUUGAUACCCUAUUCGCUGAGACUCUCUUAACCUUGCAUCAUAAUAUUGGUAUUAAGCGUGGUUUGUUUGAUGAAUCCUCUGCUUACUUGUGGCAUAAACGUUUGGGUCACAUAUCCAAAGAAAGAAUGGAAAGAUUAGUAAAGAAUGAAAUCCUUCCUCAUUUGGAUUUUACUAACCUUGGAAUUUGUGUUGAGUGUAUUAAAGGAAAACACACAAAACAGACACUUAAGAAAGCAGCCACAAGAAGCUCACAGCUCCUUGAAAUUAUACACACUGAUAUUUGUGGGCCUUUUGAUGUUCCAUCACUUGGUGGAGAAAAGUAUUUCAUUACCUUUAUCGAUGAUUUUUCACGUUAUGGAUAUAUCUAUUUGCUGCAUGAAAAAUCUCAGUCGGUAGAUACCCUUGAGGUGUUUAUCAAUGAAGUUAAGAGGCAAUUAGAAAGAAAGGUGAAAAUUGUCAGAUCUGAUAGAGGUGGAGAAUAUUAUGGAAAAUAUGAUGUAAGUGGACAGUGUCCUGGUCCAUUUGCUAAGUUCCUAGAAAGACGUGGUAUUUGUGCUCAAUACACUAUGCCAGGAACACCGCAACAAAAUGGUGUUGCAGAAAGGCGGAAUCAUACUUUAAUGGAUAUGGUUAGGAGUAUGUUAAGCAAUUCAUCUUUACCCAAAUCAUUGUGGAUGCACGCUUUAAGGACCACUGUGUAUUUGUUAAACAAGGUUCCUAGUAAAGCAGUUCCUAAGAC